UCUGCUGCACCUCAGCUCGACUCUGCUCAGACUGAUUUCACCUCAAUAUCUGUAUCUUGUGCCAAACUUAGUGUUUCCUCCUCUGACGUUUCCUCCAGCUCCUCUGCGUAAAGGUGAAAUCAGGAGGAGGACUGGAAAGAGGCUGCUGGGCCUGAUUCUGGUUCCUUACAGUAAACAGAUUUUAUACGGACUUACUUGCCGAGCUGAAUCCAUAGAAGUCUGGGUUCAUGCCGGAUUUCGAGCACUUCAGAUUUUCCUACUCGAGUAUGAAUCCGGUCCUGGGGGAGAGCGGCUUUCUGGCACCGCAGCAGCACCACCACCAGAUGACAGGCCAGACCGACUCCGCCAUCCCGGAGCCAGGUUACUUCCUCGGGGAUCACACCGGGUUUGGGCCUGAUGGGUUUUCCGGGCUGGACCUGGGCACUCUGCCACCAUCGGGCCUCGCCUACUUGCACCUGAGCAACCCCCUGCACCGCGUGCCCCCAGCGGCCACUGCGCUGCGUAACGACCUGGGAUCCAACAUCAGCGUGCUGAAGACCCUGAACUUGCGCUUCCGCUGCUUUCUGGCUAAAGUGCAUGAGCUGGAGCGCAGGAACAAGGUGCUGGAGAAGCAGCUGCAGCAGGCUCUUGAGGAUAACAACGGAGGAGAUGGACACCAGAAGCCACUGACCAAAGAGAUGGGGGUCCAGACUGGAUUUAUUGGGCCUAUCCCAGCCAGACCGGGCCUCAUCCCGCUCCACAAUGCCAACAACUCGGCCUACCUGCCGGGCGGCCUUCUGUCUCCAACCCUGAACCCUCCUCCUCUCUUUGACAACAAAUACCUGCUGGGGAGCAACUUCAACCCGAUCGCAGUCUCCACUGAUUCAAACUCCAACCUCACCACGUCCGGAUUCUCCAUCAGCCCGACUCUGAGUCCCAGCGACCCGUUCAAAACCAUCACAAACAUCAAUGAGAAAUACGCUGCUGACACCGGGACUAACACCAACAACACCCUCCCUCCUCCGCCACGUUUCCUCCCCGGGACGAUCUGGUCCUUCAACCACACUCGCAGGUUUGGCACCGGGAGGGAGUCGUGCGUCACGGGGCCUGGUGUCUCCUGGACGCACCCGGAUGGUGUCGGGGUCCAGAUCGACACCAUCACACCGGAGAUCAGGGCCCUGUACAACGUGCUCGCCAAGGUUAAGAGAGAAAGAGACGAGUACAAGAGAAGAUGGGAGGAGGAGUACACAGCCAGAGUGGACCUGCAGGAGAAGGUGGCAGAACUGGAGGAGGACCUGCAGGAGAGUGAGGUGUGUCAGGACGAGUUGGCUCUUCGGGUGAAGCAGCUGAAGGCCGAGCUCGUUCUCUUCAAAGGUCUCGUCAGCAACCAGAACCUGUCAGAUCUGGACAGUAAGAUCCAGGAAAAGGCCAUGAAAGUGGACAUGGACAUCUGCCGCCGCAUCGACAUCACCGCCCGCCUCUGUGAUGUGGCCCAGCAGAGGAACUGCGAGGACAUGAUGAACAUGUUCCAGCAGGUGGCCACGCCCCCCUCCACUCUGAACCGCCGGGCCAGGAAACAUAGUGGCCAGUCAGCAAAGGGCGGGGACGGAGAUGAACUGAGCAUGUCUGAGAGCGAGGGAGGCGGGGGUAAAGACGAGGAGUCGUGUAGCACAUCGGCCAAUCAGAUUAACGAGCAGAUGCAGAAGAUGCUGAAUCAGCUAAGGGAGUGUGAGUUUGAGGAUGACUGUGACAGUCUGGCCUGGGAGGAAACUGAAGAAACUCUCUUGCUGUGGGAAGAUUUUUCUGGAUACUCACUGGGAGAAACACAGGGAGAGCUGCAGCAGCAGGAGGAGUCCAUCGAGAAAGUGAUUAAAGACACAGAGUCGCUGUUCAAAUCCAGAGAGAAGGAAUACCAGGACACCAUCGAUCAGAUAGAGUUGGAACUGGCCACAGCAAAGAGUGACAUGAACCGUCACCUGCAUGAGUACAUGGAGAUGUGUUCAAUGAAGAGAGGGCUGGAUGUCCAGAUGGAGACCUGCAGGAGACUCAUCACACAGAGCAAAGACAGGAAGUCCACCUCUCUCAACACACUGACGCUGGACGACACAGACAGCGAGAAGGAGGAGAAGAAGAAGCAGGCUCUACCUGCCGACCCUGAGAGCAGCGAUUCUUACUGCGACGCCAACGCCGCCAUCCCUCCUCUGACCUGGAGGAAACCCUAACACACAGCUGGUACUCUGAAAUAACUUCUCUUCAUCUAGUGCCCUUUGUGAGCCUGAGGCCUGGUCCACACGUACACAGGUACUUCUCCUCCGGUCUUUAAAAAAAAAUAAAAAAUCCUCAGUUGAGAGCAUGCCAAACCAACAGGCGGCGAUAUAACCCUAACUGUAAAGCCAUGUUGGCCAAUCAGAAGCCUGAAAAAAAAAAAAAAAAA